CACCGACAUCUACUUUUUACAGCCACAUGCAAUUGGGGUAACUCUAGUGAUUGAUGGGUCGAUCAAACUCGGGAAACUCGGGAAACUCGGGAAUCUCCACGCCGAAGCUUAACAUCGUGUCGUCCUUCCUUUCCGGCCCCGGCCACCAUCCCCGAAUUUCACAAACCCCCCAUGGACUCCUACGAAAGACCGUAUCGGUCUCAUUCACAUCCAGCCUGCCUUCCUUGCCGCCGGCGCAAGUCACGGUGUCAUGCGGGGAAUGCUACGGGGAAAUGUCUUAUGUGUCAGGCACAAGGGACCGAUUGCAUCUUUCCGCAGCUCAAACCAUCUACCUCAAGGCAGGCCGGUCGCUCCGAACGCAAGGCACAUGUGCGGUCCCGACGAUUGCCAUCUAUACUCGCAUAUUCAAUACCUCCGAGCUCGCUCGUCCAUCCGGAAGAGCAAGGUUCAGCAAACCUUCCGCCUUCGCACAUGGGAGGUAUAGUGGCAGAUGCUACCAACGACAGCUCUCAUGUCGUGAGUCCUGCAAUUGUGGGCGAUAGAGACGCCAUCGGGGCCUAUCUGGCCCCGAACCCCGAAGAAAACGGUCGGCGGUUGAUUCGAACCUCAUCCGCCGUAAAUUUCAGUGCUCGGCCUGUUCGGCCGGUUCUAUUCAGCACUGUUCCCAGACGUCCGAUUGGAAGAACAGUUCACAGCUCUCGCACGGCGGCGAAAUGCGAAAUUAUUGAAAAAAUGAUCGAGCCAUACGGGGAGGAGCUAGUGAACAUUUUCUUCUCGAAAAUCAACGUCGCUUUCCCAGUGCUUGAUGCGGCGUCAUUUAAAAGCAUAUACUUUACUGAUCAGCGAAAGGUAUCCCCGGCCAUCCUCGCCAAUCUGUACGCGAGUGCGUUAAUAUAUUGGGUGGACUCACCCACACUGCGGUCCAGUCGUUGUCCUGACAUCAACUUUGUGUGGGCUCAGGCAUACGAUGUGCUCAGUUCAGAGCUGGCCAACUCUCCUGGGCUCUCAACGGUGAUAUCGGUCAUUCUUAACAUUUGUAGUCGGCCAAGUACGUCAAUCCUCAGCAACGAGGGGAUGAUGGGACUGACCGUGGCAUUCUGUAAUUCCUUCGGUCUGAACCGAGAUCCCACUGGCUGGGACAUAUCACCUCUAGAAAGGCAAAUCCGUGUCAAGCUGUGGUGGAUUGUGGUCCUCAUUGAUCGAUGGUGUAGUCUGGCCUAUGGAACACCGAUGUUGAUCCACAGGGAGCAGCAUGAUGUACCAAUCCCCACCGUCAACGACCUCUCUAUUGGUAAUCCAGACCCAUGCCAGCGAGCUGCUAGUGCCGUGUUUGUGUCCCUGGUAACCUUAACUGAAGUCUUGGGUCAUUACCUAGAAUACGUCUAUCGGGUCGGCAAGGCUCAACUGGGAGAGCAGGGGCAGAACAGCGACUCCCUAGAGCUCUUGCUUGGCCAAUGGGAAGAAACACUGGAUGUUGACGUCCGCCGAGCUGUCAUGCGUGGAACCAAUAUGGACGCACCGGGUGCCGCCAAUCUCCGACUAUCAUAUCUAGCUGUGAAGCUGCUCCUUAAACGCAUCCAGCUGGAUCUCGAUCCUGGUGUACGGCCGGAAAGCCGCCUAGAUUCUCCGCGGUAUUUGCGAGCCCAGCGAGCAGCCGAAGACGUUGUCCAUUUCGUACAGGAGUUGAACGAGAAUCACCUGCGCGGAUUCUGGCUACCUGCCAACGCGUUCACCCUUACUUCGGCGACGUCCUUACUCUUACGAAGUGCCCUCGGCUCGAGGGGCUCGGCGGAGAACAUUCCGCUGGAGCUGGCCAGACAAAUGAUAGCCACCUUAAGAGCGCAUCGCCAGCAUUUUGACUGGGAUUUGGCUGACAACUGUUUGGGAAACUGUUCAGAACUAGUCGAAAAGGUUGGCGCCUCAGCCGCCUGUCUUAGUCCCAGCCUACCAAGCCUAGAUGAGUGCAUGAACAUUGACGCAUCUGUGCUAGAUGAUCUCUUUGACGAUUUCAGUCCACUAUUUGGGCCGAUAGAGCAUGAGACGUCUCAUCCUCUUGAGCACCAGUUAGGGAAUGCCGAAGAAUAGACAUCGAGGAGUAAAAAAAGGGUUGAGGAUGGGAAAAGAGCCGACAUAUCUACAAGCUGUGUAUUUUAGUGUGUACACCAUAGCUUGUCAAUUUGUUGGAGACUUGAUUAACUAACACUGU